CUGGGGCGGGCGCGGAGGAAGAUGGCCGGGCCAGGCGGGAGCGGCGCGGCGGCGCGCGGAGGCCGCGGUGUUGUGAUUUCAGACAACUGGCCAGGAUAUAGUCUGGAUUUGUUCACUUACCCUCAGCACUACUAUGGAGAUCUGGAAUAUGUCCUCAUACCUCAUGGCAUUAUUGUUGACAGGACAGAACGAUUGGCCAAAGAUAUUAUGCAAGACAUUGGAGACAAUGAUAUUGUGGUUCUCUGUGUACUCAAAGGUGGCUACAAGUUCUGUGCUGACCUUGUGGAGCACAUUAAAAAUCUCAGCAGAAAUUCAGAAAGAUUCAUCUCCAUGAAAGUCGAUUUUGUUAGACUGAAAAGUUAUCACAAUGAUCAAUCAAUGCAAGAUAUGCAGAUAAUAGGAGGAGAUGAUCUUUCAAAGCUGACGGGGAAGAAUGUUCUAAUUGUGGAGGAUAUUGUUGGAACUGGAAGGACUAUGAAGGUUCUGCUUGAUAAUAUUGAAAAAUACAAGCCAAAAAUGAUUAAAGUGGCAAGUUUGCUGGUGAAAAGAACAUCUCGGCCUGAUGGGUACAGACCAGAUUAUUAUGGAUUUGAAAUUCCAGAUUUAUUUGUGGUAGGUUAUGCCUUAGACUACAAUGAGCACUUCAGAGAUCUAAAUCACAUAUGUGUUAUCAAUGAUCAUGGCAAAGCAAAAUACAGAGUCUAACGCCAUAACAUCCUCACAUGAAGAUUUGUAAAUUCAGUGAACAAGAAUUUUGACUACACUCCUUCAAGCAUCACUCAGAAGAGCAGUUCAACUGAUCACUGUUUCUUUCAACACAGUAUAGUAAGGGGAAUAAGGACUCUAGAAUGCUGCCUAGUGUCUAUGCAGAAGUGAGAGUUCCUAUGUAAAAUCUGGAGGGCUUUUAAAGUCAUUACUUCUUUAAAGUACAAAAAUUGCCCUAUAAUAUGCCUUGCAACUAAUACUUUGUCUGCCUCAAGUUUCAUUGUGAAUAGAUCUUUCCUUCAUUCAGUCCAUCAUUCUAAAUCAGCCAUUACUACAAUUAAUGUACUUUGCUGUGUUGCAUAAGAUUGCUCAGAAGUGCCAUUCUGUGUCUUAAGUUUGGUUUUAUUUUACAGAAUUUUGUUAACUUCUGUGUCACUUUAUUCUUGGUCAAAUCUGCUGUUGCUAUACUCAAAACAUUAUUUUGAUUUAAUUCUUCAAUUAGAAAGUUUCUACUGAAGUGGUAUGUUAUAUGGUAGUACAUCUCUGGUAGGCCAUUCUCACCUGUUACAAGCAGAAAUUUUAACUCUCAAAGUACAUUGAUUGAGACUGCUGAUACAAAAUGAACCUUUACAAGAUAUUCUCGAUCUGAACUUUGAAGAGUUGUGUUUUUGGUCUGUCAUGUAGGCAUAGAUCUACUCAACUGUGCUUAAUAUACUGAAUUUUAAUCAGGAGAAAACAAUAGCAGACAAGCGCCUUUUAUUUCUAUAGGAAACAAACAAGUUGAAAAAUUAACAUAAUGUUCUCCUGUGCAUAUUUCCUUAAUUAAACCCUGUUAAGCACAGAAGUUUAAUGUUAGUCAGACAGUUAUUCAAUUAUAAUUUGAUUUUCAUCAGAUGUCUGAGAUGAGACUUUUUGCAACCGUUUAUCUUCUUUAGGAAAACAGAUCUAUCAAUGUUGGAGAAUACUAGUAUUAAAACAAAGUAAAAAGUGCAUAGCAAAACAUAGAAAACAAGUUAACAUAUGAAUGUUGUAGACUCUAGAGAUUCCUUCCUUUCCUUAUCCAUUGUGUUUCAAGAAAUUUGUUAACUUACUGGUUGUAUUAAUUUUGAAAAUUUUAAUUCUGUACUGUAUGCGACUGUUCUCAACAACUUUCUGAGGGAAGCAAAUGCAAAGUAAGUAGCUAGAACAUUAAUAGCUUUGUUCUGAACUGUAAGAGGCAUAUUGUUAUUAGGCUUCAGUUUUCUUUAAACUAAUAAAGAAACAAU